CCACCACGCGCCUCCUCCCCUCCCAAUAGAAAACGAGAAGAAAAAAAAAAUAAGGCGAGCCCCCAAAUCGAAUCCACACUCAUGGCCGCCGCCCUCCUCCGCCGCUCGCCGGCGGCGCGCGCCCUCCUCUCGUCCCGCCUCGUCGCGUCCAAGCCCCACUCCUCCGCCCCGUCGCCGCCGCCGUCCAAGGCGGCCCCCAACACCAAGACGUUCUCGAUCUACCGGUGGGACCCCGACUCGCCGUCGACGAAGCCGCACCUCAAGGACUACCAGGUGGACCUCUCCGACUGCGGGCCCAUGGUGCUGGACGCGCUGCUCAAGAUCAAGAACGAGCAGGACCCGUCGCUCACCUUCCGCCGGAGCUGCCGCGAGGGCAUCUGCGGCAGCUGCGCCAUGAACAUCGACGGCGACAACGGCCUCGCCUGCCUCACCAAGAUCUCGUCCGCGUCCUCGGCCUCCACUGUCUCGCCGCUGCCGCACAUGUUCGUCGUCAAGGACCUUGUCGUCGACAUGACCAACUUCUACAACCAGUACAAAAGCGUCGAGCCCUGGCUCAAGCGCAAGAACCCGCCGCCUCAGCCGGGGAAGGAGUUCCCGCAGACCAAGGCCGACCGCGCCAAGCUCGAUGGCAUGUACGAGUGCAUCCUCUGCGCCUGCUGCUCCACUUCAUGCCCAUCCUACUGGUGGAACCCCGAGGAGUACCUGGGCCCCGCAGCGCUGCUCCACGCUAAUAGGCUUCCGCUGUGGGGGAUGCUUAUCAAACCAAAACCCAACAUGUUCAUGCACAUUCAAGCUCGAGGAUAUCAUGGGGUGUCAGAGAAGAGAAACCUGCGGGACCACAAACGUAGAUUGCUUGCAGCAAAAUAUGAACUGAGAGGAAAACUUUAUAAGGCUGUCUGUAGGGACCCUGAUCUUCCGUCAGAUAUGCGGGAAAAGUUCCGCUAUAAGUUGUCCAAGUUACCAAGAAAUAGUUCCAUGACACGUCUUAGAAACCGCUGCAUUUUCACUGGCCGCUCCCGUGCUGUCUACAAGAAAUUCCGCAUGUCCCGUAUUGUGUUCCGCUCUUUGGCAAAUAAGGGUGAAGUGUUGGGCGUAAAGAAAGCAUCUUGGUAGAUGUUAACAAACCAGUAGGACAAACCACUAGCUCUGCAGUAGUCAAGCAAAAUAAGGUUGCCUGCAUUCAAUCUUUCAGUGUGGGAUCCCUGAAACUAUCUUUCAAGUUUCUGGCCAGCAGCCAAUGUGUUCUCUUUUUUAUUAUUUAGUUGAAUCAGUGUAUUGUACUGUUCUUCCGGCUAUUCAGCAUUAUGAAGUUAAAGUUUUGGAACAUUUCUGAAUGUGGUAAUGUUACUCUUUUGGUCGCUGUCUACACUUGCAAUUGUGAAUGUGUCAUGUUACAUUUUCGUAUCUGUUUAUGUUUAUAGUUUUCCAUGUUCCUAAUGAAGUAGGUACUAUUUCACUGCAAAGCAUACCUUGUUUGCUCUCAAUGCUUUGGACUUUUGGAGUACUGUAUCUUUAUUGCUAAUCAAAUCUGAAUUCACUAACAGUUCAGCUUCCUGUUUCCUGCCAGUUGUUUGUGUUUGGUUUUUUUAUGUCCCUUGUUUGUGCAAAUGUUUGUCCAGCAAUUUUUGUUCUACCUUCUGGACUACUCUAAACCUUAUUAAUUACGUAGCCAGUUCAGCAUUAUGUAUGUUCGGUGUUUCUGUUUCUGAUUUAUUUGUACCAAAUUUUUUGCAUUAGCUGUUCAAUUGAUCUUAUUUUAUCUACCUCUAUUUCAUUGAUUUGAUGUGCGCAUGGAGGUUUUAUUUUAUAUCUUUGGAAUUCAGAUAUGUUAAAUAAUUUGGUUUGCAGCUAGUAUAAUGAGCAUAAAUGUAUUUUGAUAUACAACAAUAUCAGAUUCCUAGAUGCUAUAGUCAUGUGAGUUGAGACAAAUCAAAAUGAGUUAAUGGAGCUAGUUUUGUUUGCCUUAACUUCAUACAACAUAAAAUGGAAUCUUAAACAUGAUCUGAUAGAACUGAUCCAGCAGUUUACAUUGUCAUGCAUUUAUGUUUUUUUAAUGAACAUGUACUUUUAGGUAAUAUAUUUUAUGAGUAUUUUCAGUACCUACUGUCAUAAGAAGCUGGCUUUCUCGUUAAACAAAUAGCCUAUUUAGUAGUAUAUCUGUAUGUAAAACGCUGAGGUGUGUAGAAACCAAAUAUACUAGUCUGAUUGGCGCGCUUACGCCACGCCUUUUUUUUUCACAGAAUAUGACAAAAGAAGACUUGAAAAAAUUGGGUUCACCAAUUUAGAAUAUCUCAAUAUUUAUUUAUAAAUUUAUCAAUAUUUAGCACAUUCACUUAAUUAUAGGGAAAACAGUAGUACUUUCAUGCAUGCACAUAAUUUUAGUACGUAGAUAACAGUAAUACGAAACUAACAAAACUUGUUCCAUAUUUUUUGAGUUUUAAAUAUUUUUCUGUGCAUUUUAGAUUAUUUCAGUCAAUUUAUCAAUAUAACUAAUAUUCAUGUCGAUAUUUUUUGGAAUUUCCUGAAAAUAAAAUUAUAUUAUAUAUGUAAAUAUACGUAUAUGUGUAUAUAUAUGUUUUUAUAUACAUAUAUACGUAUAUGUAUAUAUGUACAUAUUGUAUAUCUAUAUGCACACAUAUGUGAGAUCUACUGCUACAGUAGCUGCAGUAGCCGGACCUGGGAGCGCUCGAAAUCUUGGCUCAUAAUAUAUGUUAUAGAUGUGUGUGCUAUUUUACAUGUUUCCGUGUUCUCGCCUUUGGUUGAGUUUGAAAUUGUGGUGCGACGGUAGAACGUGCUUGUCAUACCACGAUUGCUCUGUGCUAUAAA